AUGGGCGAUGCAGGAGAGAGCAAAAAGCCCUUGAGAAUAGCAAUCAUCGGGGGAGGAAUCGGCGGACUAAGUCUACUACUAGGUAUACUGGAGCACGGCGACCCGCGGGCGAUACGGCCGCACCUCUAUGAAGCCGCCCCCGCGUUUUCUGAAAUUGGGGCUGGUGUCGGCUUCCUGCCCAACGCGGUACGAGCGAUGCAUGCAAUUGACCCGAAGCUCCAUGAAGCGUAUGGCCGGAUAGCCGAUGAAGCUCCUCGAGCAGAUGUCAACGGCCAGAGGAAGUACGCAUUCAGCAAGGUCUACAUGGGUAUGGAUGGUAGAGGAAGCAAUAUCGCGAAGGCAUUCGACGAGAUUGGUACGGUUUACAAUGACAACAAGCUACGGAACGUUCACAGAGCGGUGUUCCUAGACGAGAUGGUCAAGCUCUUGCCUAAAGGUAUCGAGGGUGAUCUAGUCAGUUUCGGGAAGAGAUGUACAGACAUCAAGGUACAUGAUGGCGGAGUGACGGUUGCCUUUGCAGACGGUACCACAGAAAUCGUUGACGCUGCCGUCGGCUGCGACGGCGUCAAGUCGGUAGUGCGGAAUAUUCUUCACGAAGGACAAGAGAAAUACGAGCCAUGUUUCACGGGGAAAUACGCCUAUCGAGGUCUCGUUCCGGUUGAAGAUGCCAUUGAGGCGCUGGGAGAAGUCGCCGCCGUCCAUCACAUCCUGAUACUCGGGUACGGCGGCCACCUCGUCACCUUUCCUAUCAACCAAGGGAAAACGCUUAACAUUGUCGCAUUCCACGGUCGAUCGGACUGGCACCACGGCAGUAAUUGGGUCGUUCCAGCUACGGUCGAAGACGCACUGGAGGAUUUCAAGGAUUGGAGUGAGCCUAUCAAAAAGCUCCUUUCCCUACUUCAAAAGCCUGACAAAUGGGGUUUGUUUGAUCUUCCGCCACUCAAGACUUACACCCUGGACGGCCGAAUAUGCCUACUGGGCGAUUGUGCACAUGCAUCAACUCCUCAUCAAGGCGCAGGGGCCGGCAUGGCUAUCGAGGACGCUGCAGUCCUUAGUCAGUUACUUGGAGAGAUCAAGACACCUGACCGGGCACAACUCACAAGAGCGUUUACAGCCUAUGACGCUGUACGGAGGGACCGAACUCAAAAGGUCGUGGCCACGAGUAGGAGCCGAGGCCUGCUGUACGAUUUCGAACUGUCUGGUAUCGGUGACGAUCUUGAGAAGGUCCGAGAUACGUUAUCCACUCAAUGGGACUGGAUAUGGGAUUUGGAUAUUGAUGCUCAUUGCCGCGAUGCGGUAGGUAUCAUGCAUCAGUCUCAUAUGCUCGGGAACGACUCUCCAUAA